AUGGAAGUUUCAACUGAACAUAUAUAUAACAACAAUAAUAACAAUAGCAAUAUAAAUAAUAUAAAUAGUAACGAAUGUGGUUCAAAAACCUCAAACUCGGCUUGGGAAAAAAUAGAUCAAUCAGAAAGUGCUAAUAAAUUUAUACAAUAUGUCGACGAAACAUCUAAACAUGAUCAAAUAAUCGCACAUACAAGAUACUCAACAAGACAAUUAGAACUAAAACCAGGUCAAAAAGUAAUGGACUGUGGAUGCGGUGCUGGUAAAGAUUUAGGAAGAUUAGAAUCAUAUGUUGAAUCACAUGGUCAAGUAAUAGGAAUGGAUAUCUCAAGAGAAAUGGUUGAAUGUGCUAGAAGUAGAAUGCAACAUCUACCAAAUGUACAAGUAUUUUUAGGUGAUGCCGCAUGUAUCCCAAUUGAAAGUAAUUACUUUGAUGCAAUUAGAUGCGAAAGACUUUUACAACAUGUUUAUAAUCCUGAUCAUAUAAUAAAUGAAAUGACUAGAGUUAUAAAGAGUGGUGGAAGGGUUGUAAUUACAGAUGUAGAUUGGUUAAGCAGCACUGUAUCAAUACCUAAAUCUAUAGAAGAAAUUAAUAAAAAAAUAGUGAAUGAAGUUAUUUUUAACCAGCAUCCAAGUAUAGGUCUUCAUCUUAGAGGUAAAAUGGCUAGAAAUCAAAAUUUAGAAAAUAUAGAAGUAUUUGCCCAAUGUUUAUAUACUGAUUCUUUGGCAGUUGCUGAUGAAUUUGUGUGGUUAGGAGAAAGAGGGAGAAUGGCAUGUGCUCAAAAACUAAUUACCGAAGAAGAAUAUAACUUGUGGAGAGAAACUAUAGAAAAACAAGAUGAAGAAGGAAGUUUCGUUUUUACUAUGAAUAUAUUUACUGUAAGCGCUUCAAAAAAAUAA